AUGCCUCUCCUGGCUAUUCUGGCGAUUUUCCUAGGAAUUGAAAUUCUUGCCCUUCCAACAGACGAACAAAGACUCUUGGAGACUGUUUUAUAUGAUUACAAUCAAGCAUCUAGACCAGUAUUUAAUGCCGCUAAAACGGUUGUUGUUAAGUUUGGGAUUACCCUCACCCAGAUUUCUGAUAUGGAUGAAGUUAACCAAGUAUUAACGACUAAUGUUUGGCUGGAACAGGAAUGGACAGAUGAGCGUUUAAAGUGGGACCCAAGAGACUACAACGGUUUGGUUGUGUUACGUAUACCAUGCGAAAAGAUAUGGCUUCCUGACAUCGUCCUGUAUAACAGCGCUGACGACUUCACUUCCGGAUACAUGCAAAGCAAAGCCAUGGUCAACUGCAAUGGAACAGUGUUCUGGCCACCUCCAGCGAAAUUCCGAAGCUCGUGCAAAAUAGACAUCACAUAUUUUCCAUUUGAUGAUCAAACCUGUAAGAUGAAAUUUGGGUCGUGGACGUAUGAUGGAUUUCAAGUUGACCUCACAAACAGAUCAGCAGCAGUUGAUCUCUCAAACUAUGUAUACAGUGGUGAAUGGGAACUCCUCGAUAUCAGGGUAGUUAGAAACGAAGUUUAUUACCCUUGUUGUAUAGAACCUUUCCCGGAUGUGACGUUUACGGUAAUAAUGCGCAGAAGAACUCUGUAUUAUUUGUUCAAUAUUAUAUUUCCAUGCUUAUGGUUGACCAUAUUGAGUUUAUUGGGAUUCUGGCUUCCUCCUGAUUCCGGAGAAAAGAUUACGCUUGGAAUAACAGUGUUACUGGCUUUUUCUGUGUUUAUGCUUCUGAUAGCAGAAAAUAUGCCAGCUACAUCGGAGUUUGUACCACUUAUAGGUAUAUACCUGACCGUAACCAUGGGGAUGACAUCUUUAUCAAUAAUUCUAGUGGUAUUCGUCCUUCAACUACACCAUGUAGGACCACAUCAACGACCCGUUCCAAGAUGGCUGAGGUUUCUCUGCGUAGAAAUCCUUGCGCGCAUCAUGUGUAUGCGAACUUCGCAGAUUCCUGCAUCCUACAGCAAGGACUUUCGAAAAGAUGAUAUGUGCCUCACAACGUUCUUUGAGAACGUUGACGGAAAUAAUUGCAACGGAAAUCUUCCUCAAAAUACUUUGAAAUAUCACGAUAAAAUCAUAGACGUCGAAAGGGAUAGCACACAUAGAAGGAUUACUAAACAUCUGAAAGUUUUAGUAGAAAAACAAGACUUUGAUGAUCAUCACCAAGAUAUAGUAAACGAAUGGCGGUUUGUGGCGUUAGUAAUGGACAGGAUACUAUUCUGGGUGUUCUUAUUCGCUUCCUUAAUCUCCUCAAUAAUGAUACUAGUGGUCGAACCCAUGCGAAAACCGCCGGUGUGA